ACAAAUCACUAUAAUAACAAAACAUUAGAUAAUUUAACCACAACGUCAUCUUAUCAGGAUUUUGAAAUUAAGAGUGUCUUACAAGUCAUUUUUUUCUUCUGUUACUGCAGUGGCUAUUUCAUCUGUGUGAUUGCAUUGCUGAUAAAUAAAGUGUAUCCGCAGGUCACAGUAGAGGCUGUUAUUGGCAGUUCUGUUGUUCUGCCGUGUUCCUCAGCUAAACGUGAUCAGGACACUGAAGUGCAUUGGAGACACAAUAACAGCAAGAUUGUGUAUGAUAUAAUUAAGGGUGAAUAUUCAGUAGCAUUACAGGACCAACAGUACAAGAACAGAGUUGAAACUUUCCCUGAUGAGUAUGAGAGAGGAAACUUCUCCAUCAAACUCAACAAUCUUCAACACGCUGAUGCAGGAGAGUUCAGCUGCUUCAUCAAACCCUCAGACAAACAGGAGACCAUAAAACUGAUCCCCACUGAAUCAACAACAGAAAAAGAAAACAAAAACACUGAACAAGAAAACCAAGGACCAGAAACAAAGUCAGACUGGUGGAAGAUAUUACUGAUCUGUGUUUGCACACUUGUAUUAGUUUUUUUGUUUAUAAUAGCCUAUUUCAUGGUUCACAGGGGAAAAAAGAGCUCAAGCUCCGUUAUAGAAGGAACAGUUUUUUUUUAAGAAUUAACAGACUCAUUUUCUUUCACACUGACUACAUUGUACAGUAUGUUAAAAAUGAUUUUCAGUUAGUACAGCUUUCAUUGUUUCUUUCAGGUGCACACUACUGUUAAGUCCUGUAUUAUAAGUAUUACACUGUUUUGUGCUCUGUUGCUGUUUUACAAUAAAUUGAUACAAAAUAAUGUGCACUGCUUGUUUGUACUGGAUAACAGAAUGAGAUCUUGAAACACAAAAAUAGGAUUAUUUUUUAUAUCAAUCCUGUCAAUAUGUUG